CAACUAUGGGUAUUGCAUUGCGAACACGCUACCAAAGCUUGCUGCACCCCGAGGCGCUUUGCACUCAGCGGAUUCCUUGCAGGACAAGGGCAGUGCACGACGGCAGAGGGGGCGGGUCAGCUGUUCUAAUUAAGCCGCGCCCCCUUUCCCAAGUCAGUAUCGAGCAGCCCCACCUUCUCUUUCUCUCUCUCUAUGGCAGCUUGCACUCUCUGGCUUUAACCCUUAAAGCAAGGAGCAUCUCUUCCCUAUACUCGAAGCCCAGGUUCCCUCCCUCCUCUCCCCAUUGGCUGGGUACUGCAAUUAUCCCGCCCCCGGAAAUAUCCUGCCUCCCAGGCGGGGGCUCCCAUUCCCGCCCCUGCUGCCCAGGGUCGCUGCCACCAUCUCCAGAAUUUCGGGAAGCUACAACUUGCCUUGGCUUCUUUGCUCCUCAAGAAGUUGAACCUGCAAACCUGGUCAGGAUGGACGGAGGAAGAUGGACAGCUGACCUGCUCAAGCUGUCUCCCGCAUCCCUCCCUGCAACCUCUGAGCAUCCCCUCCCAGGACCCUCGGAGAAAUCUGGAUUAAGUGACGAUAAUGAUGUUGCACACCAAUCCAGAAAAAUGGGUGAAGGGGGCUAUGGUGAGGAAGACGAUGGUCAGAAUUCUACGGAGCCAUCUGUGAAAUCAUUAGGAAGAACAAAGAAAGAGUUUAAAUGCAGGGAAUGCGGAAUGUGCUUUAGUCACUUUGGAAGACUGAGGAUACACCAACAAACUCACACAGGAGAGAAUCUAUUUAAAUGCAUUGAAUGUGGAAAGAGCUUCAGUCAUAGUGGCAAUCUUAGAACACAUCAACGAACUCACACGGGGGAAAAACCAUUUAAAUGCAUUGAAUGUGGAAAGAGCUUCAGCCAUAGUGGCAAUCUUAGAACACAUCAACGAACUCACACGGGGGAGAAGCCAUUUCACUGCACUGAAUGUGGAAAGAGCUUCAGUCGUAGUGGAGACAUUAGAAUACAUCAACGUACUCACACUGGGGAAAAACCAUUUAAAUGCAUUGAAUGUGGAAAAAUCUUCAGUCAUAGUGGAGCCCUCAGAACACAUCAACGAACUCACACGGGGGAGAAACCAUUUAAAUGCAUUGAAUGUGGAAAAAUCUUCAGUCGUAGUGGAGACCUUAGAAUACAUCAACGUACUCACACUGGGGAAAAACCAAUUAAAUGCAUUGAAUGUGGAAAGAGCUUCAAUCGUAGUGGAGCCCUUAGAAUACAUCAACGAACUCACACUGGGGAGAAACCAUAUAAAUGCAUUGAAUGUGGAAAGAGCUUCAGUCAAAAUGGAGCCCUUAGAAUACAUCAACGAACUCACGCAGGGGAGAAACCAUUUAAAUGCAUUGAAUGUGGAAAGAGCUUCAGUCAUAGUGGAGCCCUCAGAACACAUCAACAAACUCACACGGGGGAGAAACCAUUUAAAUGCAUUGAAUGUGGAAAGAGCUUCAGUCGUAGUGGAAUCCUUAGAAUACAUCAACGAACUCACGCAGGGGAGAAACCGUUUAAAUGCAUUGAAUGUGGAAAGAGCUUCAUUCAUAGUGGAAUCCUUAGAAUACAUCAACGAACUCACACAGGGGAGAAACCAUUUAAAUGCAUUGAAUGUGGAAAGAGCUUCAAUCGUAGUGGAGCCCUUAGAAGACAUCAACGAACUCACACAGGGGAGAAACCAUUUGAAUGUAUUGAAUGUGGAAAGGGCUUCAGUGAGAUUGGAUCCCUCAGAAAACACCAACAAACUCACAUGGGAGAGAAGCCAUUUAAAUGUAUGGAGUGUGGAAAGAGCUUCAGUUGUAGUAGAGACCUUAAUAUUCAUGAGCGAAUUCACACAGGUGAAAAGCCAUAUAAAUGUAUGCAGCGUUCAACUCAAGUUUCACUAUUUAAUUCACAUCAAGAAACUCAUAAAGGCAGAAAUCAAUGUGAGGAAGAUGGUCAGGACUCUACGGAACCAUCUCUGAAUUCAUUGGGAAGAAGAAAGGAACAAUUUAAAUGCAGGGAAUGUGGAAUGUGCUUUAGUCACUGUGGAAAAAUGAGGAUACACCAACGAACUAACACGGGGGAGAAACCGUUUGAAUGCAUGGAGUGCGGAAAGAGCUUCAGUCAAAGUGGAAACCUUAGAAUACAUCAACGAACUCACACAGGGGAGAAACCAUUUGAAUGCAUAGAGUGCGGAAAGAACUUCCGUGAAAGUGCAACACUUAGAAUACAUCAACGUACUCACACUGGGGAGAAACCAUUUAAAUGCAUUGAAUGUGGAAAGAGCUUCAGUCGUAGUGGAGUCCUUAGAAUACAUCAACGAAUUCACACGGGGGAGAAACCAUUUAAAUGCAUUGAAUGUGGAAAGAGCUUCAGUCAUAGUGGAAACCUUAGAAUACAUCAACGAACUCACACAGGGGAGAAACCAUUUAAAUGUAUUGAAUGUGGAAAGAGCUUCAGUAAAAGUGGAACACUUAGAAGACAUCAACGAACUCACACGGGGCAGAAACCAUGUAAAUGUAUGGAAUGUGGAAAGAGCUUCAGUCAAAGUGGAAACCUUAGAACACACCAACAAAUUCACACGGGUGAGAAACCAUUUACAUGUAUGGAAUGUGGAAAGAGCUUCAGUCAAAGUGGAGCACUUAGAAUACAUCAACAAACUCACAUGGGGGAGAAACCAUUUACAUGUAUUGAAUGUGGAAAGAGCUUCAGUCAAAGUGGAGCCCUUAGAAUACAUCAACGUACUCACAUGGAGGAGAAACCGUUUAAAUGUAUUGAAUGUGGAAAGAGCUUCAGUCAAAGUGGAGACCUUAGAAUACAUCAACGAACUCACACGGGGGAGAAACCCUUUAAAUGUAUUGAAUGUGGAAAGAGUUUCAGUCAAAGUGGAAACCUUAGAAUACAUCAGCAAACUCACACGGGGGUGAAACCAUUUAAAUGUAUUGAAUGUGGAAAGAGCUUCAGUCAAAGUGGAGACCUUAGAAUGCAUCAACGAAUUCACACGGGGGAGAAACCCUUUAAAUGUAUUGAAUGUGGAAAGAGCUUCAGUCAAAGUGGACAGCUUAGAAUACAUCAACAAACUCACACGGGGGUGAAACCCUUUAAAUGCAUUGAAUGCGGAAAGAGCUUCAGUCAUAGUGGUGCCCUUAGAAUACAUCAACGUACUCACACGGGGGAGAAACCAUUUAAAUGCAUUGAAUGUGGAAAGAGCUUCAGUCAAAGUGGAGACCUUAGAACACAUCAACGUACUCACACGGGGGAGAAACCAUUUAAAUGCAUUGAAUGUGGAAAGAGCUUCAGUCAAAGUGGAAACCUUAGAAUACAUCAACAAUCUCACAUGGGGGGAAAUUGUUUAAAUGUAGGGAGUGUGGAAAGAACUUCAGUCAAAGUAGACCCCUUAGGAAACAUCAGCUAACUCACACAGGGAGGGAACCACAGAUAUAGGGAAUGUGGAAAGAGCUUCAGACGGAUUGGAGACCUUAAUAUUUAUAAGCGAAUUCACCCAGGUGAAAAGCUGUAUAAAUUUAUUCAGUGUUCCACUCAGGGUUCACUCUUUACUUCACAUCAAGAAACUCAUAAAGGCAGAAAUCAAUUUUAAAUACAUGGAACCUGUAUGAUGUUUUGGUGUUUGUAUUUAAAUUUGUAUACACAUAUAUAUUUAUUAAAGUCAUGAAGGUCACAUAUACUUGAUGUACAAAAGAAGUUGCAAGUUGUUGCUAGAUUAUCCAGGGGGAGAGUGUGAAUCUGGAAUGCUCAAGGCGUGUGAUGAAUCUGUUGAGUUUUGACUCCACCCAUCACUGCCAAAAUGAUGGGCUGCCCUUGUCUUGUGGAUCAGCAUCUGUCAGGCUUCAGGGAAUUGGCUUCCUUCCCCCUUGGUUGUAGAUAAGCAGAACAAAGGAAAAGGAGACUUCUUACCAGUUAGAAACUUUAAUGAUCCCAGCAAGGGGACAAAGAACCCGUCUUCUAGGAAUGGCGGUGCUCCGAAUGAAGAGGUCCAGUCCCUCACAUCCCUAGUCACCCCUGCCACUUCUGCGUCUCGUAAUCUGAGCUAGUUCCCUCUGUACUUUCUGUCCUGUCACUUUCGCUGCUCUCCUUGACCUUGGGGAGAGUGGAUGGAUGCUUUCCAGAGACAGUGAAUCUAUUAACUCUCCCCCCCUCCAGAGUUUCUUCUGCAAGCUGUUCCCCAUCCAGUAUUUCCCAGCUUCUGCCUUCUGAACUAUGUUCCUCUGCAAAUCACUUUUCCAAAUCUAUACAGUCCUCCUGCUCCUGGGAAGAAUCAGGGGAGGGGGAUUUUCCCACAAAUGCCCCGGUGCAGCUCUCCUCAGCUGGGUCCCUGGUUAGGUUUUGGUUUAGGGGAGAAAGUGUGGGACUAGGCCGGGGGGGGGGGGGAGAGAAGGGUAGAGAAGUAGAGGGGAUGCUUUUUCCGUGCAAGGCUAGUUCUUGUUUCUCCCGAGUACGCGCCUGUAAUCAGUGAGCGUGCAUUUAGCAGGAGAGCGUCCCUUUGUCUCGGCGUGUAAGAUGCUUCAGGAGGCCCUAGAGCGAAGCGUGUGUAUCGCACAUGCACUGUGAGAGCAAUGGUGGAGGAAUAGCAAAUAACUGUCAGGGUGCUUAAAAGGAGGCUGUCGUUUUGUGAGAGGGGGUGGGGGGAGGAGAGUUUUAGUGACGCUGAACCGGAAGAGCCAAGCGCACCUACAGGAUACAUGUGCUUGCUACUCUGAGUUUGAAGAUGGGCAGUGGGAGUGGCACGUGCUUCUGCUGAAAGUAGAUCUAGGGAAGAUUAAGUUAAUUGCAACCUUAAACACACUUGGGUCCCAUUAAAGAGGCUGCUUAUGAGUCCGGAGGAACAUCGCCCGGCUGUGAGGUGUAAAGUCCACCACUCCCUGCAAGGUCUUUUCCACCUGGCCAAAGGGGUGGGGCCCAGACUCGCCCAGCUCUACUAUGUUAAAUAUGAAUUCUGUCAUCAACCUUUGUACUGUUUUAUUUUGAAAUCUUUAAGAUAAUAUUUUUGUUUUUUGUUAUGUUGCUUUGACUGUAUAUUCUAUAUUUCACAUUUUUCAGGUUGUUUUAUUUAUGUUUUAUUGAUUUAAUAUGCUGUAAACCGCUUUGAGGUUUUUCUUGAAAAUAUAAAGUGGAAUAGAAAUUAAAUAAAAAAAGUUUCGAGCAGGGAUAUCCAACAUGGGGUUGCUCAGAUGUUGGGAAACAACUCCCAUAAGCUUCAGCCUGUAUGGCCAAGGUUGAUGGGGGUUGUAGUUCAAAAGCUCAAGGGUGGAAAAUCUCACGUUUCUUACAACUUUUCAUUAUGAAUAAUUAUAGGUAAAACUUUUGUUGAUACAGAGCUCAUUUUUAGCUUCCAGGAGCAGCUGGUCACUUCUGCUUUAUAAACAAACCCAAAUAUAUUGACACACUUUACUUUAAAAGCAGAUUUCAGAACAGAGACAAACACAACCUUUUUUAAAAAUCUUUUUAGUUUACAAACCAUAAUUUUGUCAAUCCAAGAUCUGCUUUUCAUACGUAUAAAAAUACUUUGUUAACAAUGAGAUACCAAAAUGAUAAUAAAAAAUCUGCAAUAAAACAUUA